CACAUAUACACAUAUAUAUAUAUGUAUAGCAAUUCUGGGAAGGAGAUAUACAUAUGCAAGGCAGUGAAGUAUGGGGGAAGAAGUGAAGCUGUUGCAGAAAUGGUCAAGCCCAUUUAGUUUAAGAGUGGUGUGGGCAUUGAAACUCAAAGGCAUAGAGUAUGAAACAAUAGAAGAAGAUCUCUCCAACAAAAGUCCUCUUCUUCUUCAAUCAAAUCCUGUUUACAAGAAGAUCCCUGUCCUCAUUCACAACGGCAAACCACUGUGUGAAUCACUUGUCAUCAUCGAGUACAUUGACGAGACAUGGAAACAGUAUCCUUUGCUGCCACAAGAUCCUCAUGACAGAGCCAAGGCACGCUUCUGGGCAACAUUUGGGGAUGAUAAGGUGCUGGCAAGAAUGUGGUCUUCAUUUACAAGCCAAGGUCCAGAGCAAGAGGAAGCUCUGGCUGCAGCCACUGAAAACUUGAAGUUCUUAGUAGAAGAGCUGCAAGGAAAGAAAUUUUUUGGUGGAGACAAGAUUGGGUUUGUGGAUCUUGCAUUGGGUUGGCUUACUAACAUGCUCGGUGCUAUGGAAGAGGUAAACGGAAUCAAAAUUGUUGAUGAGCAGAGAUUUCCUCGGUUAUCAGGUUGGUUGCAAGACUUUUCAGGUGUUCCAAUUAUUAAAGAAAACUUCCCACCUCAUGAUAAAUUAGUCACCAGGUUCCGCAUCUUCCGGGAGAAAUUCAUCUCAGCUGCAGCUGCAUCCAAAUGAUUCACACUCUCAAUUGUUUCAGUGCAAAUGCUUGUACUACUAUAAGCAUUAUGAAAUAAGCAAGCAUUAAGAGUGAAUAGAAGGAUAUGUUUUCUAAACUAAUAUGAUAUUGUAAUAUUUUAGCGAAAUAAGAUAACAAUAUUUAGCCUUCUCAGGCCAAUUAUAUCCAUUAAUUUAAUUGAGUGAUGCCU